UUAGUUUAUAAUAUUACUUUUUAAUGUUUUUUAACUUUCCUGCAACUAUAAAAUCAGUCCAUCCCCUUACUCUCCAAUCAUACCAUUCAGUCUGAUUUUAUAACUUCAAAUUCAGGUUUAGAUUUAUAUCCUAAAUGGUGAGAUUCAUCGAAGAGAAUAUUACUAAAAUGUUGGAGACAAAGAUCAUCUCUAAGUCGGAAGUUUUAUAUGCCGGAGGAGACGACGGAGACACGUCGCCGGCGACCAAAGUUUUUCAAGAUUUUCAGAUCAACGAAGAAAACGUCGGAGGAGGAGGAGGAGGGAUAAUAAGAUCAUGGGUUGAUUCCAUGAGAGCAUGUUCUCCUACUCAUCUCAAACCUUUCAACAACCAAUCUUCGUGGAUUAAAGAACAUCCAUCAGCUUUGAACAUGUUCGAAGAAAUACUUCAUAUAUCAGAAGGAAAACAAAUCGUCAUGUUUCUUGAUUACGAUGGUACUCUUUCUCCCAUUGUUGAUGAUCCUGAUCGGGCUUUCAUGUCUAACAAGAUGCGAAACACUGUAAGGAAACUUGCAAUGUGUUUUCCAACAGUCAUAGUUAGUGGGCGAUCUAGAGAGAAGGUUUAUAAUUUUGUGAAAUUAACUGAGUUGUACUAUGCUGGAAGUCACGGUAUGGACAUCAAAGGACCAGAGCAAAAUUCCAAAUACAAAAAAAAAACCCAAUCUCUUCUCUGUCAACCCGCGACGGAGUUUCUUCCGGUGAUUAGUGAGGUGUAUAUGAAACUAGUCGAGAAAACAAAAUCGAUUCAAGGAGCCAAAGUUGAAAACAACAAGUUUUGUGCUUCUGUUCACUUUCGAUGCGUAGACGAAAAUAAAUGGAGUGACUUGGCCCAUCUAGUUCGAUCAGUUCUGAAGAACUACCCCAAGCUCAUGCUUACGCAGGGAAGAAAAGUGUUGGAGAUUCGUCCAAUCAUUAAAUGGGACAAAGGCAAAGCACUUGAGUUCUUGUUAGAAUCCCUCGGAUAUGAGAAUUGUACCGAUGUUUUCCCUAUAUAUAUUGGAGAUGAUCGUACCGACGAAGAUGCCUUUAAGAUUUUGAGAGAUAAAAGACAAGGUCUUGGGAUCCUUGUAUCUAAAUACGCAAAGGAGACCAAUGCUUCUUAUUCUUUGCAGGAGCCAGACGAGGUUAUGGAUUUUUUGGAACGUCUGGUGGAAUGGAAAAAGUUAACAAGUGGGCAAUGAAGAGUUUACAAAUUACAAGUACAUGAGAAUCAUUUUCUACUUUUUGUUAUUUAUUAAGAUUCUAACGUAUCAAAUGAUUAAGAAAAUAAACAAGAAGACAAAUCGAGGUUCUUGAUCCUUUUUCUAUCUUGUGUUUUGUGACUAGUCCCUUGUUGCUAUCAAUGCGAAUCUUCAAACUGUAAAUAUAUAAUUUUAUGGAGAAAUAUAUGGUUCUCUGA